GGAGGAGCUGAGAAAAGACAACAGAAGAGAGGGAUGCUUAGGAAGGAAGAUUGACUCCAGGGUACCAACAAGAAAGCAUGGCCUUCCUCAGGACUCUUUGUGUGGUGACCAUAACGGUGACAUUCCUGUCAAACGGCUCUCAUUCACAGCUGAGUGUGUGCGGAACCCCUCCUCUUAACACUAGGAUCGUGGGGGGUCAGGAUGCUCCUGCAGGGAGUUGGCCAUGGCAGGCCAGUCUUCACAGUUCAGGCAGACAUUUUUGUGGGGGAUCCCUGAUCAACAAAGAGUGGGUGCUGACUGCUGCUCACUGCUUCUCCAGUAUCAGUGCAUCAAAUGUGUUGGUCUACGUGGGUCGUCUGAGCCAGCAGGGCUCCAACCCCAACGAGGUGACACGGACAGUCACUCAGAUCAUCCUCCACCCCAACUACACCAGAAGUACCAGUGACAACGACAUGUGUCUGCUGAAGCUCUCCUCCGCUGUGACUUUUACAAACUUUAUUCGGCCAGUCUGCCUAGCUGCACCAGGCAGCUCCUUCCAUGCUGGGGCUACUAGCUGGGUCACCGGCUGGGGCAGCAUCAGCAGUGGAGUGACCCUGCCCUCACCACAGACCCUACAGGAGGUGGAUGUGCCAGUAGUGGGGAAUAAGCAGUGUAACUGUAACUAUGGAGUUGGUUCCAUCACCGACAACAUGAUCUGUGCUGGUCUAUCAGCAGGAGGAAAGGAUUCCUGUCAGGGGGACUCGGGAGGUCCAAUGGUGAGCAAACAGGGUAUUCGCUGGAUCCAGUCUGGGGUUGUGAGUUUCGGCAACGGGUGUGCCCAGGCAAAUCUCCCAGGAGUGUACGCAAGAGUGUCUCAGUACCAGACCUGGAUCAACACCCAGAUCACCAGUGACCAGCCAGGAUACGUCACCUUCUCCUCCAGUGGGACUGAUUCUGACCUCAGUGUCUCCUGUAAUGGUCUUCCAGCCCCAGCCACCACCACAACUGCCCCCACGACCACCGCUUCCACCACAACUGCCCCUAAAACCACCACUACAACUGCCCCUAAAACCACCACUACAACUGCCCCUAAAACCACCACUACAACUGCCCCUAAAACCACCACUACAACUGCCCCUAAAACCACCACUACAACUGCCCCUAAAACCACUCCUGAACCCGUGGUGUGCGGCAGUGCCUCUUUGAACUCCCUUACUGGUGGGGGCUUGGCCUCGGGGGGAUCCUGGCCCUGGAUAGCCAGUCUUCAGACAAACGGAACACACGUCUGCGGGGGAACAAUGGUGGCAGAGGACUAUGUCAUGAGCGAUGCUGGGUGCUUCUCCAGUCAGUCCGACGCCUCUCAGUGGACCGUGAUCAUGGGUCGUCUGAAGCAGAACGGCUCCAACCCCAACGAGGUAACCCUUAAAGUCAUCAACAUCACCAUGAGCACCUUGACGGCGAACAACGUGGCAAUCCUCAGACUGGCCAGCCAACCCACGUUGUCUGACUACAUCCAGCCUAUCUGUGUGGACCAGGGAAGCAGCACCUUCAGCAUAGGGACUCAGUGCUGGGUGGCUGGCUGGGGCAAGGACCAGGGUGGAGCCGAACAGAACUUGCAGCAGUCCCAGACCUCUGUGGUGGAUUGUGAGAGCUCUGGCUCCUCUGAUAACAUCUGCACUGCUGCCUUGGACCUUCGACAGGGUGAAGUAGGUGGUCCUCUGAUGUGUAAGCAGGGUGAUGCAUGGUACCAAGCUGCUGUGUUGACUGUCGACAGCAGCAACAAGACCAGCUCCAGCAAAACACGAUGGAGCCGGAGUCCUCGCUCCUCCAGCAUCCAGGUCUUCACCAAAACCGCUCGCUUCCAGAGCUUCCUUCAGACCACUGUGGGCACACUCCCUUUACCUGUCACAGCCAGAACCCCCGUCAAUGACACCAACACUGCCAACAACACAACUGUCAGCGCAAUUACUGCUGUCGUUACUCCUGCCAGUGGGGCAACUCUGGCCCACUCAUCCCUGGUCCUACUCUUCUUGUCUCUCCUCUCUCUCCUACUGUCUCUCGGUCAAGCCUGAUGACGCUGAGGAGUCACCUCUAUGUAAACCUCUGGCAAUAGGGUCUAAAUGUGCUCUGUUUGAAGUAUGUACCCCUGCACUUAAUAUAUUGCUGCUCUAGAAUAUUUUGGUGAGUUUAAUCUUGGUUAACCCAGAUCUAAAAUCUUGCAUAAUUUGGUCAGCUGUGUGAUUUAGUUCUGGGUCAAUGUGUUUCAAACAUUGUAGCUACUGCGGCUCGUUAUCCUGUGCAUCCCAUUCCGUCUCAACAGAUGAUUUGGUUUAUGUGCAGGACUUGUCCACAAACAAUACCUGGUCUAACGCUGUCAGCCACAGUCUACUAAAAAAACAAGGUUUAUCUCAUCUAAUUGUUUAUUCAUUCUGACUGGAUUGAAAUAUGAAACUGCCAUUGUAAUCAGUUUGAGCUCACAAGUAUUCCCUCUUUGUAGUCUAUUAUCAAAUCUAUACAGGUCAGUAUUUCAUGUUAUGAGACAGAUCAGGAAAUUAUUUAUUUAAAUUGAAUGACUUGAUCUACUGUUGCAUCUGGAAAUGAUGAAUGAAUUGUCUAGUUCAUUUUUUUUUAUUCCAAUAAACAGCAGAAUUUAUAUAGACUAGACACCACACAACGUUUGUGUAAAUGUUGUAGUCUGGCCAAACGAUUGUGUAAAAUGUGUUUUAUAUCAGUUGUACAACCUGAGUGAUUACUAUAGGUAAUAGAUUAUAUUCAACUUGAAAAUGUCAUCUUUAAUUCCAUACUUAGAGUUACAUUACAGUAUAUCCUUUAUAUAAACAAAAAUCCUAAAUCAUUUUAACAAUAGAAGU